GGAAGUAUACAUGGCUAAUGUCACUAUUUUCAACACUGAUAUCAGCUUCCCAUCGAUACCUGGGUUUAGUCAUCUGACAAUUUUAUCGCAAACGCAAGAAUUUUCAAUUUCUCAACGACCGGAUUUAUCUGCCUCUUUCGGGAAAUCCGGUUUGUUGAAGGCUUUGCGAGUUGGCAAUACUAUGUUUCCCGUGCAUUUAGAUUUUGUAAAAUAUGGUACCAGAGGUUCCGGUAAAGAUAAAAGUGGCGCUUAUUUAUUCCUGCCCGACAAGCCGGAACCAGAUGUGGUGUUUAUGGACGGCAGAGCGAUUGUUCAUUUAGUUACUGGACCAAUUUUGUCAAAAGUGUUCAUAGAAUUGCCGCACGUGCGGCAUACUUGUACACUGUUCAAUUCUCCCGGCAGUGAUGGGUUUGGAUUGCACAUAUUUAAUGAAAUUGACAUAACGGAAACACAAAACUAUGAACUUGCGAUGCGUUUCAAUACAAACAUUGCAUCCGGCGAUCAAUUCUUCACAGAUUUAAAUGGACUCAAUAUAAUCCGACGGCAAAGAUUCCCUAAGCUUCCCACGCAAGGGAACUAUUAUCCGAUGGCAGCAAGCGCGUAUAUAGAAGAUAAAAAAGUUAGAUUAACAGUUGCUACAGCACAACCAUUGGGAGUAGCUUCUAUGGCAUCUGGGCAACUUGAGAUUAUGCAAGAUAGAAGAUUACUUCAAGACGACAAUCGAGGAUUAGGGCAAGGCGUGAUGGAUAAUCUGUUAACAAAUCAUAUGUUUACAUUAACUCUUGAAAAGAAGGAAAUGAAUUGUCCCUUUGCAAUACCAAAGAGUCAUCCGGCGGGAUUAUUGUCUUUAAGCGGUCAUUUAGCUGCGGAAGAGUUAUUGCAUCCAAUCGUAAUGUUACAUCCCCAUAAUUCUCUGCCAUUCGAUCUUCACGCUCAUUUCUCGCCGCUUCGAUACAAUCUUCCAGUAGACUUAAGCAUCAUCAGUCUUCGAGUGUUUCCCAUUCCUGAGGGUGCUGGCAAAGGUAUCGGCAUGGUGUUGCACCAAUCCGCGUUGGACACUUGUUUUGACAAUUCUCUCCUGCGGCGCUUCAACGUUUCGGAAUCGGGUGAGGUAGAUUUGACGAAACUCUUCAACGAUAUGGAAGAUUGGACCAUAAGUAAAGCGCCCCUUACGUUUCACAACGUCGGGCCAUCUCUGAAAUCACCCAUCGUAAACUUGUGUCCGCAUCAAAUAUUGCCGAUUUUAUUUCACAAGACGCAGUCCUAAUGAGGGAGAAGGUGUAUAAUGUAACGUGUGUUACUUUCCGUUCAUUCACAUAAAUUUUGUUUACUCAAGAUCACGUAGUCUAAGUGCGCCGAGACCGGUGGAUUUGAAUUGUCUAAUUUGUAUCUGAAACAUUAUUAAGUGUACAAAGUUAUUAUCACUUCAGAUAUUAAAGAUUUUGCUUAAUAGUAAUUCGUAUAUUGUAGCAAAUGCACAAUUCAAAUAUAAUCGAACUAUAAUAAAAAAUUUAAUGUGUAUUUAAGAUAUAGAGAUAUCAGUAAAUAAUUGCAUAAUUCUAAUUUUUCUCGCGUAUUAAUCUAUUCCGUUGUAUAUGAAAAUUGGAAAAAAUACAUGAUACUUUUUCGUAA